AUGGAGAACGCAGUGGUACAGCCCACGGUGUUUGUGGUGGAUGGACAGACAGACAUCCCAUUCAGGAGGUUGAGAUCCCACAGGAGACCCACCUGCAGCGCUGCACGGCUGAGCCUGGUCCUCCUGCUGCUGUUGCUGGGGGCUGGCCUGGCUGUGCAGGGCUGGUUCCUGUUGCAGCUAAAUUGGCGCCUGGAGCAGAUGAACGACCGCCUGCCGGCCGGGGAUCCAGGCUCCUGGGAGCAGCUGGUCCAAGAACGGAGAUCUCACCAGACCAACCCGGCAGCCCACCUCACAGGGGCCAACGCCAGCCUGGUGGGCAGUGGGGGCCCACUGCUGUGGGAGGCGCAGCUGGGCCUGGCCUUCCUGCGGGGCUUGGACUACCGUGACGGGGCGCUGGUGACAUCCCAGGCUGGUUAUUAUUACAUCUACUCCAAGGUGCAGCUGGGCACCAAAGACUGUCCACGGGGGCUGGCCAGCAGCCGGCCAGUCACCCACGGCCUCUAUCGACGCACACCCCGCUACCCCAAGGAGCUAGAGCUUCUGGUCAGCCGGCGCUCACCCUGUGGACGAGAGGCCAACAACCAAGUGUGGUGGGACAGCAGCUUCCUGGGCGGUGUGGUGCACCUGGAGGCCGGAGAGGAGGUGGUGGUCCGCGUGCCAGAGAAGCACUUUGUCCGGCUCUGCGAUGGGACACAGUCCUACUUUGGGGCAUUCAUGGUGUGA